GCUAGUGCGACGUGUCCAAAACUUCGUCUGUCUGGGAAUAGUGCAUGGCCUAUUUGUUCAACAAAAUAUAUUUAUUUGUUGUGAUUGACGAGUAAAAAAUCGAUUUUGAGAUCACAUACUGCUACCGCAAGUAGAGUUUCAUUCUUUAGUGAAGAAUGUUGACUAAAUUUGAGACGAAGUCGGCUCGUGUUAAAGGUAUAACUUUCCAUCCCAAACGACCAUGGAUUUUGGCUAGUCUUCACAAUGGUGUUAUUCAACUGUGGGAUUAUCGAAUGUGUACAUUACUAGAGCGUUUUGAUGAGCAUGAUGGUCCUGUUCGAGGCAUUGAUUUCCAUAGCAACCAACCAUUAUUUGUUUCCGGUGGUGACGAUUAUAAGAUCAAAGUUUGGAAUUACAAGCAGAAGAAAUGUUUGUUUACUUUGCUUGGACAUUUGGAUUAUAUAAGAACAACAUUCUUUCAUCAUGAGUAUCCAUGGAUUGUGAGCUGUUCUGAUGAUCAGACAAUAAGAAUCUGGAACUGGCAAUCAAGAACCUGUAUUUGCGUUCUCACAGGUCACAAUCAUUACGUCAUGUGUGCUCGUUUUCAUCCCAACGAGGAUCUCGUGGCAUCGGCAUCUUUGGAUCAAACGGUACGUGUGUGGGAUAUCUCGGGCCUUCGUAAGAAGACUGUUGCUCCUGGAUCGCAAGGGAUCGAAGAGAGGCUCAGGAGUGUUCAUCAAACUGAACUGUUUGGUCAGUCAGACUCCAUUGUGAAGCAUGUACUAGAGGGUCAUGAUCGCGGUGUGAACUGGGUUUCUUUUCAUCCUACAAUGCCUUUACUUGUUUCUGCUGCUGAUGACCGACAGGUGAAGCUAUGGAGGAUGAACGAUUCCAAAGCCUGGGAGGUCGAUACUUGUCGUGGUCAUUACAAUAACGUUUCCUGUACGCUGUUUCAUCCACGACAGGAACUCAUUUUGAGUAAUUCUGAAGACAAAAGUAUCCGAGUUUGGGAUAUGUCAAAAAGGACAGGAGUUCAAACAUUUCGUCGCGAGCAUGAUAGAUUUUGGGUCAUGGCAGCACAUCCAUCCUUAAAUCUUUUUGCUGCAGGUCACGACAGUGGUAUGCUCGUCUUUAAAUUAGAAAGAGAACGACCUCCAUAUGCUGUCCAUGGCAACACACUUUAUUACGUUAAGGAACGAUACCUAAGGAUGUAUGAAUUUGGUACAUCUAAAGACGUCGCCGUAAUGCAGUUGAAAAGAAGCCCGUCUAGAACACCGUAUUUUGGUCUGUCUUAUAAUCCGGCUGAAAAUUGCAUCUUACUCGUGCAGAGCUCGACAUCGGCGACAGACAAUAGUGCAUACGAACUUCAUGCUGUACCCAAAGACUUCGACAGUAGUAACCCUGAUGUUUCAGAUGGCAAGCGCUCGCCAGGUAUUACGGCGGUUUGGGUGGCUAGGAAUAGAUUUGCUGUCCUUGAUAAAACCCACACGCUGCUCAUAAAAAAUCUGAAAAAUGAAGUGACCAAGAAGAUACCGACGCCACCUUGUGAUACUAUAUUCUAUGCUGGUACCGGAAGCUUGUUGUUGAGAGAUCCAGAGUCUGUGACUCUUUUUGAUGUCCAACAAAAACGAUCGAUGGGUGUUGCCAAAGUUGCGAAAGUGAAAUAUGUUAUUUGGUCAGCGGAUAUGGCCUACGUUGCCCUUUUGAGCAAACACAUUGUUUCUAUUUGUAACCGCAAGCUGGAAUCUUUGAGCACUAUUCAUGAAAACAUUCGGGUGAAAAGCGGAGCAUGGGACGAAAAUGGCGUCUUUAUUUACACGACAUGUAACCACAUCAAAUACGCUUUGCUGAACGGUGACCAUGGUAUCAUUCGCACACUUGAUCUGCCAAUCUACAUCACCAAAAUAAAGGGAAGCAACGUCUAUUGUCUCGAUCGAGAAUGCAAGACAAGAAUGCUGGGCAUCGAUCCGACCGAAUACAAGUUCAAAUUAGCUUUGGUCAAUCGCAAGUACGACGAGGUGUUGCACAUGGUUAGAAAUGCAAAGUUGGUUGGACAGUCAAUUAUAGCCUACCUACAACAGAAAGGUUAUCCUGAAGUCGCUCUACAUUUCGUUAAAGAUGAACGAACAAGAUUCGGUCUCGCCCUCGAAUGUGGAAAUAUCGAAGCUGCUUUAGAAGCUGCCCGAAGCCUGGAUGACAAGACGUGCUGGGAAAAAUUGGGUGCUGUUGCCUUGCGUCAAGGAAAUCAUCAGAUUGUGGAGAUGGCCUACCAACGAACGAAGAAUUUCGAGAAAUUGUCUUUCUUGUAUCUUAUUACCGGAAAUGUGGAAAAACUUAGAAAGAUGAUGAAGAUAUCUGAAAUUCGUAAGGAUGUCAGUGGUCAAUACCACAAUGCAUUGUUCGCCGGAGAUGUCGAAGAACGCGUGAAACUUUUAAAGUCGUUAGGCCAAGGUUCUUUGGCUUACCUUACUGCCGCUACUCAUGGUUUGCAAGAGGAAAGUGAAACCAUCAAGACCGAAUUCAAUUUGGACUCUGCAAAGGUACCUGCAGUGAAUCCGAAUGCCCGCCUCUUGCGGCCCGCAGUUCCUGUUUUACCAAACGAAGGAAACUGGCCUCUUUUGACUGUGUCGAAGAGCGUAUUUGAGGGAGCUAUUGGAAAAGGUUCCGCCACAGCGAUGGACACAGAUAACGUCCUGGAUGAUGGUAAUGAAGGAUGGGGAUCUGACGCUGACCUAGACGACGAGGAUGACGAGUUCAAGGAACCUCGUGGUGAUGAUGAUAUAGUUGGGGACGAUGAUGGACCGGGUUGGGAUGUUGACGAUGAAGAUCUUGAUCUACCUGAUUUGGAAGGAGGUCCGGUUGAGACUGAAGGUGGCGAAGGUUAUUUCAUCCCGCCCAACAAAGGAAUUAGUCAGGGACAGAUUUGGUGUAAUAAUUCCCAACUUCCUGUUGAUCACAUAAUGGGCGGAUCUUUUGAAAGUGCAAUGAGGUUGUUACACAACCAGUUGGGUGUCGUAGAUUUUGCACCUUAUAAAUCAUUGUUUCUCUCAACGUUCUCUCGGUCACGUGUGGCUUUCACUGCAAUGCCUGGAAUGCCGACGAUGUUUGCUUUUCCACAUAGAAAUUGGAAGGAAGCUGGAGCCCGCAAUGGUCUUCCUGCUGUUGGUGUAAAGCUGAGCACGCUUGUACAGCGGUUGCAGACUGCCUAUCAACUCACGACCGGAGGAAAAUUCCAAGAAGCCGCUGAGAAGUUCCACGAGAUCUUACUUCAUGUCACUCUUCUUGUAGUGGACUCCAAGCAGGAAAUUAGCGAGGCUCAGCAACUUUUGAACAUCUGUAGCGAAUACAUCCUAGGAUUGCAAAUGGAAAUCAAACGUAAAAGUCUGCCGAAGGGAACUUUAGAAGAGCAGAAAAGACAUUGUGAAAUGGCGGCGUAUUUUACGCACUGUAAUCUUCAACCUGUACAUCAGAUCUUAACAUUGAGAACAGCUUUGAAUCUUUUCUUCAAAUUGAAGAACUAUAAGACAGCGUCCACUUUCGCCCGGCGUUUAUUAGAACUGGGACCUCGUCCUGACGUUGCUACACAGACUCGCAAAAUUCUUCAAGCAUGCGACAAGAACCCUACGGAUACACACGAACUCCUUUAUGAUCCUCAAAAUCCAUUCACAAUCUGUGGGGCGACCUACAAACCAAUAUACAGGGGCAAGCCACAAGAGAAGUCUCCUCUUUGUCAGACGUCGUACUUUCCUGAAUACAAAGGAAAGGUUUGCAAGAUCAGCAAGGUUGCUGAAAUUGGAAAGGAUUCGAUUGGCUUGAGGAUUAGCACGUCUCAAUUCCGUUGAAAAACUUAAUGAAAUUUCCUUUCAGACUACCAAAAUGUCUAGAUUUUGAAAGCUAAAAUUUUUAUGAUUCUAUGAACCAUUACUUAUGAAGUUCCCUAUAGUUUCCAUGGUGUACACCGUAAAUAAAAAUAUAUUAGUUCCAUUGUA